UCUCCCUAUCUCGACCAAGAGAGGUCCCUGGUGUAAUACUGCGCGUUCUUGUUGAGGCAUCUUACUUGGUUUGGUUUAUCUUCCAUGAGAAGCACCCCGAAGCAAAUUGGAAAUGCAGGUGUAGGUGGCAUGUCAUAGUUGUACCAUUCCCAUCUUCAAAAGAAAACAUUCUGGGAACAAUAAUAGGUUCAGUAUGAACCUUUGUACACUUCCACACGCGAACACGGAAUCAAUGCGAUGAUUGGAUGAAACGCGGGGUCCGCCGGACGCGUGUCCUAUCAUCCGUCCCAAUCACCGCAAGAACCCAAUGCUUCUUGUUAGACCCCCGGGGCAGUGCUCGUGUCCGGGGGGGUACCGUAUCUAAACGCUCACGAUUAUUCAUCUUCUCAUCACAAGUCAUUCGGUGGAAAGGACUUCUUCUUAUGUUAAGAGCCGAAUCCACGCAAAGCUGGGAUUUGAAGCCAAGAAAGGGCCCAUUCCACCGUCCGCGCACACCAAGUCUCCCGCCAGAGACUUGCCGCUCUCCUCGAAAGCUCCCUUCCAUCCUCUCCUCGGGAAACUCGAUCCGGUGCUCUUUCUUGGCCUCAAAGCUUCCAACUUCCUCCCACCACAAUACCAUCCACCACCCUCUUUGAGUGAGUUUUGGACGCUGGUCUUGGCCGAAGCUGAGGCUCAUGGCGUCUGGUGACGACGGGCUUCUUGCACUUCCUGUUGCCUCUAACAUGCUGAAGGUCGGGGAACGUACUACUCUCACAUACUUCCAAUAAAAUUAGUGCCUUGUCGCCACGGGAUAACAAUUAACGAUACAUCACUUUCAGAGUGGUUAACUGAUCCAAUGUGUGUCAUGCAGGGAAGGAAGAGCACCAGUAUCCAAAAUAGAAGGUUAAAUCUUGAAAAGGAGGUGGCCGAACUGCAAAGGAUGCUCCAUGAUGAAGAGAAAGUGCAUGAAAUUUUGGAACGUGCAUUGCUUCCACAAAAUGCUCUGUUAACCCUUCGUAUCUCAAGUUUCCUUCCAAAAAAGACAAAGGAACUUUUAGCAGAACUUGUAGUGGUGGAAGAGGAGAUAGCUCGACUUGAAAGUGAAAUAAGUAAAGUUCAAGUAGGCCUACCAAACAUGCAAGGAGCUGAAGAACAGAAGACCUCAAAAGUUUUCAACUUUAAGGACACAAAUGUAAAUGUCAUAGUUGAACCUUCAAGUGAUAAGUCGGUUGCUUCAUCACAUGUGCCUGGUCAAGAAAUUUUGCAGCAGAAGAUAUCACUAGAAACCAAGCCUUUGUUCUUUAUAAACCAGGCAAUAAAAGGAGAUUAUUUGGUUAACGGUUUCAGCAAUAUAAGAAGUGCUGGAAGCUUAACCAGGUCUUUCCAUUACAAGGGAAGCCAAAGGGCAGUGGAAAUUAAGGAGAGAGCUUCAAGGAAAGGUCGAAUGCCACAGAAAGCAUCCUUGCCUAAAUUGCCUCCAAAGCACCUAAGCAAUAAAGAUGCUAAUGUGGAAAAUUUUCUCACAGUAUUCAAAGAACAUUCUACUGUAAAUUCAUCAGACAAAAAUGGUGGAGAAUACCAACCAAACAAGUUAUCUGAGAAAAUAUUGAAGUGCUUGAUCUGCAUUUUCUUAAGAUUUAUAAGAACAUCACGAGCAUUGGAUCUAGAAAAAUCUGGCAACUUAUUAAGAUCUGCCAACGUACUGCUACGAUCAGGAAACUUCCAGAUUGAUGGCAGCUUGAUGUUGAAGGGAAAAAUUCCAACUCAAAGGGAAAUAAGGCACCAUGAUCCUUAUGAAAUUUUUGAGAUUGAAGACUCUCUACUGAGAGAUAUUGGUCCAUACAAGAAUCUUGUCAAAUUUACCUCAUGCUCUUUGGAUCACAAAGACAUUUCUAGUUCUCUUGCUUUAUUAAAGAAGUUAAGGAUCUUAAUUAGCAGCCUUCAUAAGGUGGACUUGACAUUUUUGACCCACCAAGAGAAAUUGGCCUUUUGGAUAAAUGUUUACAACAUCUGCAUCAUGCAUAGCUUCCUAGAACUUGGGAUGCCUUCAAAUCGAGAAAUGGCUGAAGGAUUGAAGAAUAAGGCCACGCUCAAUAUAGGAGGGCACAAACUAAAUGCAUUAGCUAUAAAGCACCUUAUUCUAAAGCAAUCAUCGAACUCUAAUGAGGAUGGCUGGAAAGUUCACAAGGAUGAUAAAGAAAUGGUUCCUAAAGACUAUGGAUUGGAGCAAUCAAACCCCAAUAUUGUGUUUGCACUAUGUUCUGGCUGUAAAUCUUCUCCAGCUGUCAGAACAUACACAGCCGAUGGUGUCGUAGGCGAGUUGGAAAAAUCGAAGAUGGACUACUUGCAAGCUUCCAUAGUAGUGACAAGUACAAAAAGGAUUUUGAUCCCGCAUCUGCUGCACUCAAAUAUGCAUGACUUUGCCAGAGACUUGGAUUCUUUAGUUGACUGGAUUGUCAACCAGCUUCCAACUUCUUGGCCUCUGAGGAAAUCCAUGCUAGAGUGCUUGAAGGGAAGGACAGCUGCGAAGAUAUCUCAUACGGUGGAUGUUAUCCCUAAUAAUUCUGAAUUCCAAUACCUUCUGCCCAUGUGACUUGAUCUUCCUUUGCACUUUUUUUCUUGAAAAGUAUGCCGAGCUAUUAUAGCAGGAUGCGAGAAAUUAUUCCAUGUAUGUAUGCUAAUAAGGUCUGGUUUCACUUCCUUUACUUGAGUUAAUUGGGAACGAUCUGUAAAUGUAUCAGUAGACAAGAAAAUAAUAAGCUGUGUGUUUUGGA